UGGGAUUCUCGACUCUCGCAAUGGCUGCUGCUGCAGCGUGGGCUCGUCGUGCACCGAGGUUCGCGACCGUGGUGGACUCUGUGGGGAAAUGCAAAGCCUACACACAUACCGGAUUCAAAUCACACUAUGAUGCCCUGGUCAUUGGUGGAGGACACAAUGGACUGGUGUCAGCUGCCUACCUUCAAAAGGGAGGUAUACAGACAGCAGUGCUGGAGCGCAGACACGUGCUGGGAGGUGCAGCAGUGACAGAAGAGAUCUUUCCCGGUUUCCACUUCUCCAGAUGCUCCUAUCUGCUUAGCUUAUUACGGCCGCACAUUCAUGCAGACUUGGAGCUGAAGAAACAUGGGCUGAAAGUGUAUAUGAGGGAUCCAAAUGCUUUCACCCCCAUGUUGGAGGAAGGGUUAAGAGGUGGCCCACCAAGAUCACUUACACUAGGCUCGGAUCUUGCUGAGAACCAGAGGGAGAUUGGCAGAUUUUCCCAAAAAGAUGCAAAGGCUUUUUCAGACUUUGUUUUGCACCUUGAGAAGCUAGCAGGCGCUAUCCACCCACUACUGGAUGCCCCUCCUGUUGACAUUCCAGGUGUCACAACUGGUUCAUUGAAGAGGAGGCUGGCUGCUGCUAAAACACUGAAGCCUGUUGUCAAAUGCGGGUUGAAAUUAGGUCGAAAUAUUCCAGAGUUCUACGAAAUCAUAACAGCGCCAAUCAGUAAGAUCCUUAAUCGAUGGUUUGAGUCGGAGCCCCUGAAAGCUACUCUGGCUACGGAUGGUGUGAUUGGAGCCAUGACCAGUCCCAGCAAUCCUGGCAGUGGGUAUGUGCUCUUGCAUCACGUGAUGGGAGAGUUGGAGAAGGCGAAAGGUGCCUGGGGUUACGUUGAAGGCGGCAUGGGAGGCGUGUCUAAGGCUUUAGCCAACGCCGCCCGAUCUUACGGCGCAGACAUAUUCACAGAAAAGGAUGUAGAACAUGUUCUUGUUGACUCGGAUGGUGCUGCCAGGGGAGUUGUGCUGAAGGAUGGCACAGAGAUUCAGAGUAGAAUUGUACUUUCAAAUGCGACCCCUUAUGUCACGUUCAAGAACCUCAUGCCACAGGGUGCCCUCUCUGCAGAGUUCUUGAAAGCUGUCGAUCAGAUCGAUUAUACCUCACCUGUCACCAAGAUCAAUGUGGCAGUGGACAAGCUGCCAAAUUUUCUCGCGGCUCCCACACCAGACAAUAAACCAGGACCUCACCAUCAGUGCUCCAUUCACAUCAACUGUGAGAGUGUCGACAUACUGGAGGCGGCCUAUACGGAAGCCAUGAAUGGACGUCCCUCAACAAGACCUAUGAUCGAGAUGACCAUCCCGUCUGUGUUGGACCCCACAUUGGCGCCCCCUGGCAGUCAUGUGGUGUCAAUGUUCACACAGUUCACCCCCUUCCGCAUCGAGGGCAGAGAGUGGACUGAGCAGGACAGAGAGGCCUUUGCAGAUAAUGUAUUUGACUGGGUGGAGAAAUACGCCCCUGGAUUUAAACAGUCUGUGGUGGGCAGGGACAUCCUAACCCCGCCUGACCUGGAGCGUAUUUUUGGGCUCACCGGAGGGAAUAUCUUUCAUGGAUCGAUGUCACUGGACCAGCUGUACCUAGCGCGACCUUUGCCCUCACUCUCCGACUACCGUACACCAAUUAAAGGCCUGUAUCUUUGUGGCAGUGGCAGUCAUCCAGGUGGAGGUGUGAUGGGGUCUCCUGGCUGGAAUGCCGCACUGACUGCCAUGGCUGACCUGAAACGCCACUGACAAACUAUCACAAUGUGCAGUAAAAACACUCCAGACACUCCUAUCUGAUUAGAUGCUAUGCCAUGCACACUUUGUCAUACAAAGCUAAAUCAUUAACAGCUAGUUUGCACGACUGACAGGACGCCUCGCUAAUAGUGAAAAUCCACGUAUAAUUGACGGCCAUUAUAAUUGCAUGCAACUACAUUGCAUUUUUUUUUUAACACCAAAACAUCUGAACAUCAGCUGGUAUAUACUGCCAAUGUGUUUAUCAUUAAAAUUGGGAUUUGCCCCACCCUCCCUCAAAAAACAAAACUGUGAAUAGGUGAAUCUGCUGGUGCCAAACUGUGAGUAUCCAGGGAUCCACUGUAUUUUUAAUUGUAUUAAUGCUACUGGAUCUCUCGUGGGGAAAAAAAGUUUGAUCAUUUCAUGUGGAAUAGUGUAAUAUUGCCACACACAAAUAAAGAUGUUUUUAAAAUGUCAUAUGAAUGUACUCUAUGUAUGUAAUGCAUGCUCAAUACUGAAAACUAAAAACUGGUACCAACAUCAUUUCUCAUCAUUGCCAAAAUAUGUGCGUCUGUUGUGUUUUUAAUGUGAAAUCAAGUAAAUAAAGCUGAAUUGAAUUUUA